AUGGAGAUUAGUCCUAUAUGCAAAAGGAAAACGGAGAACGCCUCCAACACGAUAGCCAUGGGUGCCCGACCCGGAUUUCACAUAUUCUUCGGUGUCAUAAAAAGGAAGCCUCGACCGGAUCACAUCGCAAGUUCUAAAGACAAACGGUCCAAUGUCGCCUCCUCCAACUUCGCGGGAAGACCAUCCACCGUUGUCUCUGUGGACUUCGCUGCAAGACCAUCCGCCGUUGCCUCCGCCGACUUUGCCGGAAGACCAUCAGUUGUCAUCUCCGCCUACUUCGCCGCAGGUAUCUUUUUUUUUUUUGCAAAUUAUGAUGCAACUAUUUUUGAUUUACAACCAGAGCUUACUGAUGGUUAUAGGAUGAAAAAACGCGCAUAUAAGUUGCAAGAUUUUGAAUAG